AUGUCAUUAGUGCCUUAUUCCUCAUCCUCCGAAUCCGAAUCCGAAUCCGAGAGCCCCCCACCCACCAAUCCCCCGGCCAAAAAGGCCAAGCUCAGCCCAGGCUCAUCAAAACACAACAAGCGCGACGAAACGCGCGCCCCUCCACUCCCACCAUCCUUUUACGACCUCUACGCCCACUCCACGCGCGUCAGCACAAGCGACAAUCCCGCUCUGCACGGCGGCCGCAAACGAGAAAUCCCCCAUGUGGCAGGCAACUGGCCGUCGCAUCUGUAUCUGGAAUGGGUUCCGGGUAGCGAGGAGCUUAGACUCCUUGCAGACUUGAUCGAGGAAGCGAGGGGAUGUACGCCUCACUCUACCUCGCGAGACGAAGCCAAGGGAGGCGUAGUCAGCCUUUUGCAUAGUGAUCUCGGCGUCCGGCAACCGCUCCAUAUCUCGCUCUCACGGACACUGUCCCUGCGCACGGAGCAGAAGGGUCCGUUCAUGGAUACCUUGGCCCGAGAUAUUGGCAGAUCAAGCAUCCAUCCAUUUACCGUAUCCCCUGCCACACUAAAAUGGGUCCCAAACUACGGCAAAACGAGAUGGUUCCUCGUUCUCUCGGUCUCGAAACCUCAAGGAGAUAACCUGAACCGUCUUCUAAAACUCUGCAACUCAACCGUAGCGGUCUUCGGCCAGCCGCCGCUUUACGCAACUUCGAAAUCCGGCCCCGAUUCCCGCCAGUCUAAUUCCCCUGAGCCAGAUUGCGAGCCCCAGGCAGCCGGAAAUGGUGGAGAUUUCUCACAAUUCUUUCACCUAUCCAUUGCCUGGACCUUGAAUGAACCAGAUGCCCAGACCUGCCAGCGUGUCAGUGAAAUUGAACUGAAGGGUGUAGCCGGGAUUGGGAUCCAGUUCCUGAGCAUCAAGGCGAAGAUUGGCAAUCGGGUGGAGAAUAUUAGACUUCCCGUUGGUGUCUACAAAGAAACUGAAGUGAUAAAAUUGUAA